UCUUGCAACAGCUCGCUUUCAAACGGACAAUGUGCAGUAGACAACAACGAAUGCAAAUGUGCAUUCAACCACACCUCUGCCUGCGGUACUUUGGACCAGCAGUCUUUUGUUAAUCUCACGGGGGAACGUUAUGUUGAUACAUCGCAGUGGACCUGCUGUUGGUGUCCCCAAAAUGCAACCUACUGUUGCGACAAGUGCAUUAGCACCACAGGUUGGUGAGCAAGUACUCCUUCUUAAUUGUAAUUUCGUUCACUGCAUACAUCACUCUGAGGAUUAAUAACUCUUCCGCUUUGUUUCAAUGUCAAAACCAAUGCAAGCCGCCAGUAAUUGAGGUAACAGUAUUGCAUUGGCUACGCAAGCUUCAUAUCCUCAAUAAAGGUCUGGAUUCGCCACUGUACUUGUACCAAGUCGUUCGCGUCGCUAAAAGCCAUGCCAGACUGAAAGAACUUUCGCUCGCAGGGUAGUUCAGAGGUUUAGUUUUGUUUUUUCUCUCGUUUCCGUAUUCGUUGUGGUUGCGCUAAGUUCGCUGGUAACGUUACCACGCAAAACAAUUCUUGAUAUGCGACGAUUUGGCCUAAAAAAACAGACCAUAUGGAAACUGACGAGCGACGAAAUCGACGUUGCAUGGCAGUUACCCAUACAGAGGUCCGUUAAUCCAAAGCUGGAUUCUAGCACAGAAAUAUUCACUACUAGCAUAAAUUAUUUCAUAAAUAGUAUUGCAAGUGGAAACCCGUUUUCUUUUUCUUUUUUCACAGCCCCACCAGCAACCACAGUGCCAACGUUGUAUUACAAAGUAAUUCUUGUAUUUAUACGGGACUGCGAUCAGUAUUCAGGCAACGAACAACAAUUAAGAGUUUAUCUGGAGCAAGGAAUAGCAAGUCUUUCCAGAAUUCCAUUGGUGCAAGUCACAGCCAACAUCGCUUGCUCAACUGGUCAUUGGCCGUAUUGCGGAGUGGACGUAGAGACGAUCAAGGCUCAUCAUCGUGCAAAACGCUUAGUAGGUGGCAGAAUGAAGGGGAAAAGCUCGAAGAAAAAUAACGAGCAAAAAUCGCAAAACUCCUACCGUGAACCAAGCUACCUGACCUGUACUGGUCUGGCUGCAAACAUUACAGUACAAGGGAAAAACCUUACUACACUUGAGACAUCUCUGGGUUUACUUCGACGUCUCCUGUCCAACAACUCUCUUGUCAUCCCUUUAUGGGAUGGAAGAAGUAUUCACCCGUCAUUCAUGUUAUCCGCCGUCCAAGGAUCAUCAUAUAGUCUUCACCAGGCGCCGGCGACUGACCAACCCUUGGCACCUACAAAUGAACUACCACCUAUUGAAGUUGACUUGAAACCUUUGUUCUAUGCUUUGGGGGGUAUCUUAGGAUUGAUUUUCCUGUGCGUCUUUUGGAAGUUCUUGAAACAUUCCUGGCUUCUUUACAGAAGGAAAUUCACUCCAAUCAACAGUGACCGCGUGGAUCACAAGAAAGUUCAACAGCUACAGCGGAUCAUGGAAGCAAUGGAAGAAAAUGACAGUAAAUCAAUCGGUAGGUGCAUAAAAAACGCUAUUAAAAUGCGGAAACUUUUAAUUAGAGACACGAAAUUUCGCUUCCAGUGCUUUUUGAUGCUUUCAGGAGCGUUGUCGUCGAAGAGCCUAUAUAUUUUACUACAGACCCUAAGUUACAUACAGUACAGCACUGAAACGUUUGUUGGUUUUAGCGCGGGCAGAUGUUUGGCGGCCCCCUUUAAAUUAGGCAAAUCCUUUUUCGUGAGUUAACAACUGCAUCUUAAUAAAAGGUUAGAAACUUAGUAUCGCUUGCUACCUCUUUAAAAGAAUCACUUGAUAUUUUCCUCUUGAGAGAGGAUUCCUUGGAGAUGAGCUAGAGCUCUUAAAGAAACAGAAGAGCGGACAAGAAAAAAACACUUUUGCUAAUUUUUUGUUUUUUAACCUUUUUUGGGCAGCUAACGGAAGAUCCCACGAAACUGCCUCCGCCAGCCUGCGUCCAGGUGAAAACGAGGCUAACGGUUCGUUAGGCAGAUCACUAGCGCCCGCGUACACACCAACAGAACUGCACAUGCAGCGGACUCCGCCAAAACUUAUUCUCGAUGACGUCGACUCCGACAUGGACAGACGAAGUAUUGACAGUGGAAGCGAGAUGAAUAUAGAAGACGAUGACAAUUUGAGUGACAUAUUAAACAGUGACGACGAGCGCAUUUUGCGAGACUCCAGCGGUAGCUCACGAUUGUCUAAUGGGAUAGAAAACCCUGGCUUUAUAAACGAUAAUGCUACUGCUUCCGCGAGAGGUGACAACAAAAAUGAAGCAACAAAGUACAGUGACAAAAACAGAAACAAACCUACUUCUCAGAGGAAUGCUAAUGGUUAUCUGCAUUCAGAGCUUAAUGUCCGUACUAGUGAAGAACGUAAAGGAUCUGUCGUGUCUUCUGAUUUAAGCUCAAAUGCGGAUGAGAACACAGCUUUUCUGCCACUGAAAUACGACAAAACAACAAAACAACAACCGUCUGAAAAGCCAAAGAAAAGUGGAAACUUGUUAUCGUCUUCAAAUACCGAAAGGAAAGUUCGUAGAUCCUCAAUAUCACCCUCAGAUGAAAAAGCAAAUUCACCAAAGCUGUCAGAGACAGAAGUUAACACGAAAAAGAAGUCUUCGACCUUGCAGGAUGUACGAGACCCAGACAAACGAAAGCCCAGUUCAGCAGCAGAUUAUGAAAUUAGGAUUGCCACUCCCAAGGAUAAGUACAAAAAGAGGGAAAAGAACACAAAAGCAAUUAAGCAGGAAAAUGAAAUAAAAGCGGACGAUCGUACAACGGCUCGUAAUGGAGAAAUAUCGACCUCAAGGAUCAAAGAAAAGUUAGCUACAAGCGUUAGCGCACGGAGAAAGUCUAAGAUUUCUGCUGACGAAGAAGUUAAAGUUUCUGAAAAGACCGAGGAAAAGAAUGAUCAAUUAACCGUUCUAGCAAGCCAGGGGCGCAGAAAGUCAGUUAAUGUUGAUAGAAACAAUAUAAAAAGUUCUGGGAAGGACAACAGAUUGGUAACACAAGAUUGCGGACGUAGAGGAUCUACAGUUACUGACGAAGGCGAGGUCGUGAGCUCUGCUACUAAAAUUGCAUCGUCACUGGUCAUAGAUGAGGGGAAGGCAAAAGGUUCUGAAAAAAAUAAAACAACGAAACCAGAGUCCAAGGAUGGAGAAACUACCAAAAGGAAGAAGAAAAAAAUAAAAAGACAAAAGGAUAACAAGAAAAGCGUUGAAGAUCUAGACGAUAUAUCCGACCUAGAAGAAGAGCUAAAAGGUUUCACAAGCUUUAAUGUUAUCCCAGCUAGUCCAGAAAUGUGGCGAUCCACGUCUGUAACCACGGCCACGGGAGAUGCAGAAAACAAGAAAAAGAAGAAAAACAGAAAGAAAAAAGUAGCAAUUAAAGGCAAAAAUGAAGAUUCCGAAAAUUCGGACGAAGAUGUGGAAGAUAUGAUAAAGCAGUUAAAUGAGAAUUUUGUCGCGCCAGAAACAACUAGGAGAAAAUCCGUUGCUCCGGAAGAAACAGAAAGAAAGAAAAAGAAACCAAAGAAAAGUAAAUCAACUAGAAACAGACCAGAAAAUGCAGUAACACAAUCCGAUGAAGAAACGAAAGGUGAUUUCACGCGAAGGGCAAGAAAUGUGCAAGCGGAGUCGUUGUCAGUAAAACCCGAGAAAAAGCGUAAAAAAUCUAUUGUCCUGGAGGACAUGGAGGAAAAAUUAGAAACAAAUGAAGAGACUUUUCCAAACUCGGAGCAUUCAAGAAGCAUGGAAGACGGAAACAGAUCCGAGACGCCUCAGAAUUAUUCCCAUUUACAAACACAGAGAAUUUCUCCUAUCCCGACAGGAUACAAGUCACCACUACUGGUUAUUAAGCCCACUAACCAACGCAGCUAA